CUUUUUCCUGCUCUUCAGGGUAUUCCUUGUUUUGUCCAGUUAGGGAUUACCAAACCCAUGGGACCCUCCAGCAUCUGCCUUGUGGCUCUGCUUUCCCUACUGAUCCUGGCUCACUCGGCCCCUGAUCCCACCCUGGACACUCACUGGCAGCUGUGGGUUAAAACUCACCAGAAGACCUAUAAGGAUGCGGAAGAGGAACGUGCCAGACGGACCAUCUGGGAGGAGACACUGAAAUUUAUCACAGUCCAUAACUUGGAAUAUUCCUUGGGACUCCACACUUAUGAGGUUGGGAUGAACCAUCUGGGAGAUAUGACUGUUGACGAAUUCACUGCUACUAUGUCAGGAUUUAAAGCGUCUGAUGAUCCAGUGCCCAAUGUAACAUAUGUACCAAUAAGAGGGAUGAAGAGAACAAUACCACAUGAAAUAGACUGGAGAGAAAAAGGUUGUGUGACUGACGUGAAGAGCCAGGGGAAGUGUGGCUCCUGCUAUGCUUUCAGUGCUCUAGGAGCUAUGGAGGGCCAGUGGCAAGAAUGGUCAGAGGAACUGGUGUCUCUUAGUGAACAAAACAUAGUUGAUUGCUCAAGGGACUACGGAAACAGUGGCUGCAAGGAUGGAACCAUUACAGGGAGCUUCGAAUACAUCAAGGACCAUGGUGUUGCCAGUGAAAGCUCUUAUCCAUACAAAGCACAGGAGGGGGCAAAGUGCUACCUUAACCCAAAUGCCAAAACAUUUCAUUGUAAGGGUUACAAAGAAAUAGAACACCAAAACGAAGAGCAUCUUAUGGAAGUCGUGGGAACCAUUGGACCUGUGGCUGUAGCUAUAGACGCAACACAUGAUGGAUUUAAAUACUACACAAAUGGUGUUUAUACCAAUGAUAAGUGCAACAAUUCUAAUGGGGGCCAGAAGCAUGCUGUGCUUGUGGUUGGAUAUGGUAGAGAGGAUGGCAAGGACUAUUGGCUGGUUAAGAACAGCAAUGGGCCAGGUUGGGGCGAUAAAGGAUACAUUAAAAUGAGACGAAAUUACAGCAACCAUUGUGGCAUUGCAAAUCAUGGUGCCUACCCCAUUUUUUAAGAGGAGAACAUUUCCUUUAAAAGAAUAUGGCUGUGUGAGGAGUAGAUUUUCACAAUGCAUAUCCUGCACCAAGCCUAUGUCACUCUUGUAAUAAUGUAUGGAGCUAAUACACGUUCUAAUGGCUACUGCUUUAAGUGCACACUAGCUGGUACUAAUUUUCCAAACCAUAUAUAGAAUUGCUCUAUGAUUGUACCUUUCUGAGCUGAAAUAUACAGAGUAAGUAAAAUGGUCUCUACUAUUCAGGUGCAAGCCUCCCUGAAAGUAUGCUUACUGGGGAUUGUAACUAACCUUACUAGAUUUAAUUGCCAGAAGAUCUCCAUUACGGAAUCCCUCUUUCUUGCUCGUAAGUACAUAGCUCUUAAACGGUUAUCGUAUGACCCUCCUACAGUGGGGGUAUGUGGAAAUCUAUUUUAACAGAACAUAUUACACUAGCCCACCUGGUGUAUACACAAAGGGGAGUCCCUGAUAAAUAUGAUUGUGUCUGGCAGUCCUGGUUAGAUUACAUCUGUAAUUAAUGUCACCAAUGUUUAAUGACACAAGCAUAAACUAAGCUUAAACCUUUGAGUUAGUAUGCUGUAGAGAGUAACAUUCUGAGACAAUUUGCAAUUGGUCUUCAUUUUUUAUUAUUUGUAGUUUUUUUAAUCUUAGCAAUCAGGGUGUGAUUUGAAUAAAAGACUGAUAUAUGAAUAGAAAAGUACUUGAAUAUAAAAAUUAGUAUAUAAAUAUAUAUGUUGUAUAUAUGCUGAAACAUUCAUUUCUUCUCCUAUUGGUGCUACACCAGUGAUAUGUAAUCGGGAGUGGGGCAAACUCUUAAAGAGUAAUUUACCUCCAUGAUCUUUGCUCCCAAUCCCAACGUCAUACCUCAAACAGCAAUAGGAGAUGGCAUAUGAGUCGAACAAAGGUAACAUGUAAAAAUAUCAUAGUUGUAACUCUAAUGUGAUAUAUUUCCAACAUCCCCUUCAAGAGAAAAUAUAUGCUUUAGCUUGCACCCCAGCCCUGCACAUUUUGAGUUUUCCCCAGCGUCGGAUUUCUCCAUGUGGCAUUGUGACAUAUUGAUUUGCCUUGCCACAAAUCCAGGCCUGGUUCUCCCCAUUUACAAUAAUAUAUUAGCAUUACAGUACAUGCAUUAUAUAUUACACCCACAUGCCCUGAAUUCCUGCAACUCUGCUAAUGCUCCUGUAAGCUCUGAAAUGCAAUCUGGGAAUCUUUAUACUGAAACUAUUGGAAGGUAUGUACAUGUGAUAUAGGCCUUACAGUGUUAUUCUGUAUACCCUGUCCUAAGUGCAGUGCUAGUGUGUAUGAAUUGUAUUUGUAUUGUUGCAUCUAACCUAUUGUUACUGACCAGAACUGUGGAAUAAACUGGUGUUUUAUAAAAUAAUAAUAUAUAUCCUUAAUUACAUCAUAUUGCUGCUAGGAGUCACAUGGUCUAUUAUCUUGCAAUAAAUAUAUUUUG